CUUAGAUAAUUCAGCUGCUCUCAACAGUCACUCUUAGUUCCUUGUUAAAUAAUUAAAUGGCCCGUACUAAGCAAACAGCUAGGAAAUCAACCGGUGGCAAAGCUCCACGUAAGCAGCUAGCCACGAAGGCUGCUCGCAAGUCAGCUCCGGCAACCGGAGGAGUGAAGAAGCCUCACCGUUUCAGGCCAGGAACCGUGGCCUUGAGAGAAAUCAGGAAGUACCAGAAGAGCACUGAACUUUUAAUCAGGAAACUUCCAUUCCAGAGGCUGGUUAGGGAAAUCGCUCAGGAUUUCAAGACUGAUUUGAGGUUCCAAAGCAGCGCUGUCGCGGCACUUCAAGAAGCUGCUGAGGCUUAUCUCGUCGGGCUUUUUGAGGAUACGAAUCUCUGUGCUAUUCACGCUAAGAGAGUUACAAUCAUGCCUAAAGAUAUCCAGCUUGCUAGGAGGAUUAGAGGAGAGAGAGCUUAGGCUGUUUCCUUUCAAGUUGGUUAAUAUUUUAACACCGGUG